AUGUCAACUUUGAAGAGAAGAGUGUCUGAGUUGAGUGAAAUAGAACCUGAAACUUUAUCGAAGAGGAAAUUCAAUGAUUCAAGGGAAGAGAAUGACAAGAUAGAGGAACAACAUAGUGAAUCUGAGGGCAGUGACGACGAGAAUAAUUACGAUGAUGGCAAACCUCACAGUGGCCCAACUGCUGCGAAUACUGCCGCACAAGAUAUUCAAAUUGUCAGAGAGACAGCUGAACUUUUCAAGUCGAACAUUUUCAAAUUGCAGAUCGAUGAACUGCUACAGCAAGUCAAGCUAAAGGAUUCUCAUAUUCUAAAAGUGGAAAAGUUUCUGCAUAUGUUACACGAUAUGAUCAACGAAGUGCCUGAAUGGGAAGAAAAAAGUCUUGCUGAGGCCGAUGCUUUUUUCAAAGGUAAGAUUGUUACUAUCCCAUUUGUGGAUCCAAAACCAGAUUUUGCUCAUACCAACUAUAAAGUGGAUUACAAGACCCCAGACAUCUCAUUAAUAGGCUCAUUCGCGUUGAAAGCAGGAAUCCAUCAGCCAUCUGGAUCGACAAUCGACGUUUUAUUAACGAUGCCAGCUAAGUUGUUCGAAAAGAAGGACUUCUUAAAUUUUAGAUGUUUGCACAAGAGAAGUGUUUAUCUAGCUUACUUGACUCACUAUUUGACAAUUCUCAUCAAGAAGAAAAACUUGGACGAUUUCCUGCAACUAGAAUACUCAUACCUGAACGGGGAUAGGCUUUUACCAAUUUUAAAGCUUUAUUGUAAACCAUCUCACAGUGAGGCGACAAAAUCUGAAUACAAUUUCUACAAGACCAAAUUUUCGAUCAACUUGAUUAUUGGUUUUCCGUAUAAGAUCUUUGAUCCAAAGAAACUAUUACCAAAUAGAAACUGUAUUCGAGUAGCACAAGAGGGGAAAGAUGUACCGUUGCCAGCCACGCCACUGUACAAUUUUGCAGUCUUAUCCUCCACAACUUAUGAAGCAUUUUUGAAAUUCUUGUACAAGACCAAGAAGCAAACAGAAUCUUUCAAGGAAGCAGCUAAACUAGGCCGGCUAUGGUUGCAACAGCGAGGUUUUUCAUCUGAUGUAGCCCAUUCAGGAGGGCUUGGAGGUUUUGGGACUUUCGAAUUCAUGGUCCUAAUGUCAGCAUUAUUGAACGGUGGUGGUAUCAACGGUAACAAGAUUUUGUUACAUGGUUUCUCUUCCUAUCAAUUAUUCAAAGGUAUCAUCAAGAUUCUAGCCACAACAGAUUUUUGCUCUACUGGUCAUCUAGAAUUUCAUUCCGAUACAUCCUCACCUUCUAAAUAUUUCGAAGAAGGAUUCCAGACACCAACCCUCUAUGACAAAACUACGAAAGUAAACAUUUUAAGCAAGAUGUCUAUUUCUUCCUAUGAAAUGUUGAAGAUGUAUGCUCAAGAAACUUUGUUGAUGCUCAAUAAUGUUGUACAGGACCAAUUUUCCAACGUCUUCUUAACAAAUAUCAAUAAGAUCAACAAUAUCAAGUACGACUUCAUUUAUGAUAUUCAUCUACCGGCGACUGGGAAGGGUGAUCCAGAGUCCUUACUAAACUCAAGGUUUGGUCCUAUGGAAAAAAUAAAAUUCAUCACUUUGGAAAACUUUUUUGUGAAUAAGAUUGCCAACGUCGUCAAAUUCGCCCUUGGUGAUAGAGUCAAAUACUUUGAAGUUGAGCUUAUCGGUCGGAAGAAUACUUUUCCAAUCACCAAAAGAAAAGUUUAUUCCAACUUCAGUAGUCACUUGAAUUUGGAAUCGGUGAAGAUCAAGAUACUCAACAACCCUUCCGAGAGCGAAAAGUUGGUAACAAAAGGACCGAUACAUUCUGAAGAGCCCAGUCCAGAAGCUGUCGCUUUCAAAACAUUCUGGGGAUCGAAGUCAUCGUUACGUCGUUUCAAGGAUGGAUCGAUAUCGCAUUGUUGUGUAUGGACCACAUCAUUCUCCGAACCCAUCAUUUCAGCAAUUUUGGAUUAUUCUCUCAAGAAACAUAUAUCAGAACAACUAAGCAUCGAGAACGGUACGACACGUUAUUUCCAGGAUCUAUUGCCUCUACCAAAUCUACCAGGAUGCUCCAAGACAUCAGUGUUGAGCUUGACAAGUUACUACAGCAUAAAGAAAUCAUUCGAUGAUCUGUAUCGUCUAAUCUUCGAGACUGAACUACCACUAUCCGUAAAAUCGAUAUUACCUGUCGGCACGGCCUUCAGGUACACAUCACUAUGCCAACCGGUGCCUUUUGCAUAUUCAGAUCCAGAUUUUUUCCAGGAGGUCAUAUUGGAGUUUGAGACAUCACCAAAAUGGCCAGAUGAGAUCACGUCACUUGAAAAAUCGAAAGCUGCAUUAUUGCUUAAGAUUCAGGCUGAGCUGGACUCCAAAUACGGUGACAAAUAUAAGACCUUUUUCACAAGAGAUGAAUCAAUUCCUAAUAAUUUGGAAAUUACUCUUUUGAACAUCUUAACACCAGAAGGAUACGGUUUCAAAAUCAGAGUCCUAACUGAGCGUGAUGAGAUUCUUUAUCUGAGAGCCAUAUCGAACGCCAGAGAUGAGUUGAAGCCGGAGCUAGAAAGAACCUUCCUAAAAUUCACAGCCAAGUACUUGGCAUCCAUUAGACACACCCGAACAAUUGAAAACAUAUCGCAUUUUUACCAAUUUUACUCCCCAGUUGUCAGACUGUUCAAGAAAUGGCUUGACGCUCACCUUCUUCUAGGGCACUUGAACGACGAAUUAGUGGAGUUGCUGGCCAUGAAGCCUUUCGCUAAUUAUGCCCCAUACGCCAUUCCUGGCUCUGUCGAGAAUGGUUUCCUAAAGAUCCUACAGUUUAUUAGCGGAUGGAACUGGAAAGAUGAGCCAUUAAUUUUGGACCUAACUAGGCCAGACGACUUUACCUCAACAGACGGAGAAUCUGAGCUAGAUGCCAAGACUAUGAAAAAACUUUCAGAGGGUCUCUCGUUGUCCCAAUAUAAAGGAAUUCAGUCGAACUUCAGGAGUUUACGUAACGGAGAUCCUAAUGGUCUGCAUUUGCAAUUCUUCGUGGCAUCCAAGAAUGACCCGAGUGGAAUCUUGUACUCUAGUGGUAUUCCUUUGCCAAUUGCAACGAGAUUGACUGCUCUAGCCAAGGUUGCCCUGAACCUGAUAAAGACGCAUGGCGUGAACAAGCAGACGAUUGAUCUUCUCUUCACUCCAGCAUUGAAGGACUAUGACUUCGUCGUCACGCUAAAAACUCCAGUACCUUUGAAAUCUUCAUCUGGUAUCAUCAAACAAUCAGAAUUUAAAAAUCUAGCCAACGGCCAACUAUUGUCCGGCUUCCCUGCUGAUAUAUCUCAAAUGAUGGACAAAAUGGACCCUACCUUCCAUUUGGUAAAGUAUCUCAAUCUGAAAUACAGAAAUACCAUUAUCUUCUCCAGUCACAGGUAUAUCGGUGUCAGCGGUGGCGACAGAGGUGACAAGAAUGUCGUUACUGGUUUAAUUAAGCCCUUGUUCAAGAAAGAUCAAAAAUUCAGAGUCAAUAUGGACUGUAAUGUCGAGCCAGUCGAUGAUCAAAUCGUCAAAUUGAAUAAAGAUGCCAUUUUCCAUGAAAUUGCAGCGUUCGCCAGAGAUUUGGUGGUAAAAUUCGAGAGCGAAUAA